GUUAAUGUCAAUCCAUAAAUAAAAAUUAAUAAUAAAUAUAUAAAAAUUCCCAUCCACAAGCACACUGAAGUAUAGUUCUGGCAAUUUCUAACCAGCACACAACCAAAAGCAGCAAAUCUUCAAGAAAAAAAAACACACAACACACACACUGAAAGCAGAGGAAUGGGUGAGGAAGUGAAGAACAAGCAGGUGAUACUCAACGAUUAUGUGAAGGCUUCUGUGAAAGAAUCCGACAUGUCGCUUAGAACCUCCACGAUUCAGCUGAGAAUUCCGGCCGGCUGCGACGACGCCGUUUUGGUGAAGAAUCUCUACUUGUCGUGUGAUCCCUACAUGCUCCUUCGCAUGAAGAAACUCGAGGUUGAUUCUUUUCAACCAAAUUCUCCUAUUUCUGGAUUUGGAGUGUCGAAAGUAAUCGAUUCGUCUCAUCCGAACUACACGAAGGGCGAUCUCGUUUGGGGGAUUACUGGCUGGGAGGAGUACAGCCUCAUUCGAGAUCAAAGCGGAUUGUUUAAAAUUCAUGAUACAGAUUUGCCUCUCUCCUACUAUACUGGGAUUCUUGGUAUGCCUGGCAUGACGGCUUAUGCUGGUUUCUUCGAGGUUUGCUCUGCCAAAAAGGGGGAAACCGUUUAUGUUUCCGCUGCAUCCGGAGCAGUUGGUCAGCUCGUCGGUCAGUUUGCGAAGUCGACGGGGUGUUACGUCGUUGGGAGUGCCGGGAGCAAAGAAAAGGUCGAUCUCUUGAAGAACAAAUUCGGGUUUGACGAUGCAUUUAACUAUAAAGAAGAGCAAGACUACAAUGCAGCUUUGAAGAGGUACUUCCCCGAUGGCAUCGACAUCUACUUCGAGAACGUGGGAGGGAAGAUGCUCGAAGCAGUGCUGAACAACAUGAGACUACACGGUCGUGUUGCUGUUUGUGGGAUGAUCUCUCAGUAUGGCCUCGAGCAGCCCGAAGGCGUGCACAACUUGUUCAACCUCAUAGCAAAACGGAUCCGGAUGCAAGGAUUUGCUGUUCACGACUACUACCAUCUCUACCCGAAGUUCCUUGAGAUGGUUGUGCCGCAAAUCAAAGAAAGGAAGAUCACAUACGUCGAAGAUAUAGCCGAAGGCCUUGAAAGCGCGCCUAAUGCUCUCGUUGGCCUAUUCUCCGGCCGUAAUGUGGGGAAGCAGGUGGUGGUUGUUGCUCGUGAGUAGGUCUUGAUGGUAGGCAAGAAAGGUUAAGUAGAUGAAGUUGAUUUUGCCAAUCUUCCCUGUCUAAAAUCUCCACUAGUUUUUUUUUUUUUUGUAAACUUUUGGGAGGGAAAAUAACCUCCACUACUUGUAGUAAGACAAACAAUAGAAAAAUGCACCAUAGAGGACUAAGAAAUUUAACCGGAAAUGAUGGUUUAUGUAAACGCGCGGGCGAUUGCAAGAGAUCGAGUAUUUGAAAGAUCUAGAUGAAUUCGUGCCCGAGAGGUUCUUGAAUAGCAA